CAGUGUGACAGAAUAGCAGAAACAAGCUAAUUAUUCCUGAAAAAUAUUUAUGUUUUUCUAGAAAAUGAACGACAACGAAGAUGAGCUGACCACAUUUUGUGAUUCGGCGGCAUCUCUUGUCGAAGGAUGUCGCCUACCUGUGCGUAUGCAAGGAGGAGAUGACUGGCCUUUAGCUGAAAUUAUCAGUAUUAAAGAAAUACGCGGACAACGAGGAUAUUACGUGCACUAUGUGGACUUUAACAAACGUCUGGAUGAGUGGGUGGGUGAAUCCUGGUUGGACACGAGAAAGGUACAGUUUCCAAGAAGAGAUGGAGUAUCCACUGGAGGAACAACCACUCCAAAGAAGACACACAUCGGAUCAGGAGGUGGCGUCAUGCCUAAUUUUAUUAAUGACACUGUCUGCAAUGAAAGUCAGAAGUCUAGUACGAUACCGAGUAGACCUACUAUUCCGAACCAACAAGUUCCGCCAAGUCUACCCCAACCUAAAGUUCAUGAAAAAGCCCAUUUAAAUGCACUCAAUGGUUCUACACCAAAAAAUGCACUUGGUGUGGUUGCCGGUGAGCCGCGUCAGUUGGUGUCUCGUCCAGCAAGCCCAACACUGGGCAACGACUCGUCGUCGCUCGUCAAUGGCGGCGCAGUACUUGCGGCUGCUUUGCAGAAGAAAAUGAAUAGGAAACGGAAAGCGCCAUCCAUAGACAAUGAAGAACCCAAGCAAAAUUCUAAAACGUUUCAGGCGGAACCUGUUCCGUCUAUAGAGAACGAGGGAAGUGAGACCACGGUGAGUGGUACGGCCACCCCGACCGCUCGGCCGCGCCAGUCGGGCAGUAUGGUCGCGCAUGGACACGACGACCUCGUCACACGUAUGAAGAACAUCGAGAUGAUUGAACUGGGAAGGAAUCGGAUACGACCGUGGUAUUUCGCCCCUUAUCCUCAGGAAAUGGUUAACCUGCCUUGUAUUUACAUCUGUGAAUUCUGUUUGAAGUACAGAAAAAGUAAAAAGUGCCUUGAAAGACAUUUGAUCAAAUGCAAACUAAAACAUCCUCCAGGCAACGAAAUAUACCGCAAAGGCAGCAUAUCAUUUUUCGAGAUAGACGGACGGAAGAACAAAUGUUACGCUCAGAAUCUCUGUUUACUAGCCAAGCUCUUCUUGGACCAUAAGACAUUGUACUACGAUACUGAUCCAUUUUUAUUCUACGUUAUGACUGAAUUUGAUGCCCGAGGAUUUCACAUAGUAGGAUACUUUUCUAAAGAGAAGGAGAGUACAGAAGACUACAAUGUAGCUUGUAUACUGACACUGCCGCCAUACCAAAGGAAAGGUUAUGGAAAACUUCUUAUAGAAUUUAGUUACGAAUUGUCAAAGUUUGAAGGGAAGACUGGAUCGCCAGAGAAGCCUCUAUCGGAUCUUGGUUUGUUAUCGUACAGGAGUUACUGGGCUCAGACUAUACUGGACAUCCUUACACACAUCAAGCCAGUCGGAGAUAACGAGAAACCUAUCAUUACUAUCAACGAGAUCUGCGAACUAACCAGCAUAAAGAAGGAGGACGUUAUAAGUACACUACAGAAUUUGAACCUUAUAAACUACUACAAAGGCCAAUAUAUUAUAUCGGUCAACGAGGAAACCUUGCAGCAACACGAGAAGGCGAUGGAAAAGAGGACGCUGCGCAUCGAUCCAAAAUGUCUUCACUGGACGCCGAAAGAUUGGUCGAAACGGGCAAAAUGCGUUUGAAGGCAUAGAGUAAAGGAGACGCGAGCUAUCUAACUCUGGCUUCCGAAACGUAGUUGGUGGCACCGAUGCUGUUUGGAAGUUCAUCCGUCAACGGUAACAACUUAUUCAACUGUCUUAACGGUAGUCUAUACAUAGUAAAAUAGUUUUAAUGUAGCAUUUCUCAAAAAGUGUAUUAUUAGAUAUGUAUGGUUAGUGUAGUAGUACAAAUGUAUUGAAGUAUUGUGUAUUCUACCUCGUUCAUAAUAGAGUAGCUUAUUUCUUUUAGCGAGUUGUAAAUCCCCUGUAUAUGGGGAUUGUUAGGUUUUUUUUGCUACGAAUGGUUUUAGUCUUAUAUUCGAGAAUUUUAAUCAAAUGUUUGCCUUUAAAUUGGCCUAAUCUCAAUGUUGUACCUUUAUUUUUGUUUCCAAAUUUGAAAAUUGAGAUGUUGGUACCACCAACUAAUUUUAUUACUUUUAAAAUUGGAAGCCAAAUGAUUGUGCGUCGGAUAUUUGGUUUUUUAGCCUUUUUGGUGUAAAUUCCCCUUUAAUUCUUAGUAACUGGUUUCGUGAUUAAUGUUACUUUAGAAACCUCUUCUACAUCGUAUAAAGAGAAGUUUUAUAAUGUUUGUUCUAGUUUAUCCAUUCCUUAAAGUUGCACUUUUUGAGAACUGCAAGCAUUAUACCUAGAUAAUAAUUUCUAGUCUCAAUCAAGACCGGUUCAUUUCUUAAUAAUUUGUGAGAUUGUGUUGUAUGAUUGAAAUUCUGUUCAGUAAUGCUCGCUACACUAGCCACGUAAGAUAUUCAAUACAUUGCGAUAUGUAAGUCCUUAUUGUGAUAUUAAAUAAUAUCAGUUUUUGAUUA